AUGUUGAUGGAAGAUUAUGUUUUUGCCUGUUUGCCUGUCUGUCUGUGUGUGUGCCUGUCUGUGUGUCGGUCUGUCUGCCUGUGUGUCUGUCUGCCUGUGUGUCGGUCUGUCUGUCUGUAUGUAUGUGUGCGUGUCUGUGUGUCGGUCUGUCUGUCUGUUUGUGUGUCUGCCUGUGUGUCGUGUCUGUAUGUAUGUGUGCGUGUCUGUGUGUCGGUCUGUCUAUGUGUUUCUGCCUGUGUGUCGGUCUGUCUCUCGUUUGUUCCUGAUCCUUUGAAUUUUGGCAGAAUAUUUUCUCUGUAA